UACAAUGUCAAUUGAGGAACUCUGAAAACAAAUUGAUUGGAUCGUAUCGAAAUUUAUGUGUAGCCGAUUAUGAUUGUCCACCAGGAUGGUGUUGUGAAGGCAAACUAUACGCACGUCGCUGUAGACAAGAAUGUCAUAGAAAAAUUGAACCAGAUGUUGUUCCAGCUGGAAGUUAUUAUGGAAGACAAUUUUGGAAUUUAUGGGCACAUAAACGUCAUAUGGAUCAUAAUCAUUAUUAA